GGCACAGCAUGGGGAGGCGCUGCUCCUGGCGGCGGCGCGCGUCGGUGGCCGCGUGUCUGGGCGCUGCGCUCCUGCUCCUGUGCGCCGCGCCCCGCGCCCUGCGCCCGGGAUGAUGCUAUUUUGGUCUGUGCAGACUAAAUGCAGCAACGCCCAGUGACUACGGAAAGCCAACAGGCCAGGGCAUCAAACAUGGCACCUGACUGGCCAGGGAUGGGAUACCCAUAGCCCUAGGGCAGAACAGGGUCCUGGAGACUCAACCGUGGAACCCUGCAGCAUAGAUGUUGCUGGCGCAGCCCGAAGAGGCCUCAGCAGGCACAUGGCCUCCUACCUGGUCCCUGUCCACUGCCUGCCACCUGGUCCCUGUGGGCCCCAGCCCCCUGCCUCUGGGGGGUACCAUCGCCUUGUUCUGCACAUCUGGACCCCUUCCCUGGACCUGAUCGGUGCCUACUCAAGAGGAUGUGGAGUCAGAGCCCGGGGACCAGCCAUGGUAGCACUGGUCGCUGAGAACAUGUCCCUUCCGCCAGCUCAGCCCCGAAAGGAAUUUUUCUGAAUAUGGAACUGAGAAGUCAGGAUGUGGCUUCGCUGGGUUGCAGAGAUCCAGGGUCUCAAAUCACAUCCAGCUUUAGAUCUGGCUUUUCCCUGGGAUAACUGUACUUUGAGCCUUGACACCUUAGCAGACCCAGGGCAAAGAGGGUCCCUUGACCCAGAGUUCCAGCAAGUUCCAAGGAAGUCUCUCCUCGGCUUGGAUUGGAUCACACUGCUGUCCAUCUCUGAGCCAGUUGCUCUGGCGGGAAGCGGUGGGAUGCACUGAUUGGCCAGGCCUAGGUCACAUGCUUAUCCCAGCCAAUGGGAAUAGAGCCACGAGGAAUGGCCCUCCAGCCGGUUUCCCCCAGGAGAGGAAUCAGGUGAACCAGCAAAAGAGAAGAAGCGCUUGCUGGCGUGAAUUCAUAGAGACUCGCCAGGCGCUGAUGUCCAUCUCAGAUGCCAUGGGAGUGUCCCCAGCUCAGAGGCACCUCCAGAGAGUACCAGGGGAACAGCCAUCUUGGCGGCAAGCUCAACCCCAAAGACCAGAAACCGCAUUUGAAAGCAGGGCCCUGGUCUCCAGCUGGCUUGGUGGGGAGAAGAGGAGUCCCCUGCAGGUCCUCUAUGACCUCGACCGGGCUCCGCGCUCACCCCUGGCGGAGGUGCACCGGCAGCGGCGCGACCUGCUGCGCCGCGCCUGCAGCCGCCACACGCGGCGACAGCGCCUGUUGCGGCCCGAGGACCUGCGCCACGUGCUGGUGGACGACACGCACGGCCUGCUCUACUGCUACGUGCCCAAGGUGGCCUGCACCAACUGGAAGCGAGUGCUGCUAGCGCUCAGCGGCCGAGCCCGCGGCGAUCCUCGCUCCAUUCCCGCGCACGAGGCGCACGCGCCCGGCCGCCUGCCCUCGCUGGCCGACUACAGCCCCGCGGAGAUCAACCGGCGCCUGCGCGCCUACCUGGCCUUCCUGUUCGUGCGCGAGCCCUUUGAGCGCCUGGCGUCCGCCUACCGCAACAAGUUCGCGCGACCCUACAGCGCGACCUUCCAGCGACGCUAUGGCACGCGCAUCGUGCGGCGCCUGCGGCCGCGCGCGGACCCCGAUGCGCUGGCCCGCGGCCACGAUGUGCGCUUCGCCGAGUUCCUGGCUUACCUGCUGGACCCGCGCACGCGGCGCGACGAGCCCUUCAAUGAGCACUGGGAGCGCGCCCACGCGCUCUGCCACCCGUGCCGCCUGCGCUACGACGUCGUGGGCAAGUUCGAGACGCUGGCGGAGGACGCGGCUUUCGUGCUGGGCUUGGUGGGCGCGUCGGGUCUGCGCUUCCCCGCGCCGCCGCGGCCCAAAGCGGUGCCGGCGCGGGACCAGGCUGCGCGCCUCUUCCAGGACAUCAGCCCCUUCUACCAGCGGCGCCUCUUUGAUCUCUACAAGAUGGACUUCCUGCUCUUCAACUACUCCGCCCCCGCCUACCUGCGGCUGCGCUAGGUGGCGACGGUGGCUGCAGUAGAUGGCAGUGGUGUCCCCUGGAGGGCCUGUUACAGGCAGCUGCUUCAGGUCCAGAUGGGACCAGAGAAGGAGAUGCCGGUGCUGCCACCCAGGGGACCCCUCUUUGAGAACACUGCAAACACACUUACCCAGCCAGCCAGCCAUCUGGGUGCAGGUCACACCUGACCAGAUUGGAAGCAGCCCACCUCAGAUGGCACCUCUCCAAGCCCCUUGAGGGGGCAAGGGCUUUAUAAGCCAUUAAAAAAAAAUUUUUUUUUUUUUUAGGCUGCAAGAGGUCAAUUUUGGGGUCAAGUCUGUCGCAACCCUGUCAUAGAGUAGAAUGCCAACAGGUGGUUUAUGUGGCCUGUGGUCCAAACCAGUGCUCUGCCCACCUCACCCAGCCUGGUAAGGACAGACCUGGCCAAGGAGAGAAGCCCUCCAUGGGCCAGCCUCAGGUUAGGUCACCACUCAGAAGCCAGAGCGAGCUGCCCCGCACUGGCCGGGUCACAGAGUUGGUCCCAGGUGGCCGGCCCUGCCCAGGUUCCCCUUUGAUCUCAGUCUUGCAAGAUGCUAGAUCUUUCUGUGUGCCAGGGGAGCCCCAGGUGCCUUAUGGGGGCAGAUUUUAUAGGACACUGGUGAGGCGGAAGGAUCUUGUUUUUAAAAUAAAAGUGUUUUGUU